UGGCGUAGUUGUCAGUGGUGAAUCAGAGUCUGGUGGGAGUGUUCGAUCUUUCGACUCCGGCUUCAUAGCACGUGUACAAUGGGAUCUUUAAACAUGAUUUGUGUAAGGAAAGAAUAUUUUUGGAUUCUGUUCUUCUAUGCUGCACUGACCGAUGGCGCCGUCCGCGAGUCCUCGGUGUGCCAGGUCAACAGCACGGUCGCCAACGAGAGCUCGGGCAUCAGCAUCAGUACGCCGGUGCUCAUGAGAUGCCCAGGACCCCACGACCCGCUCAACCACACCGCCUGCUGCUACAACGGCGAGGGCGAGGAUGAUCAGGAGGAGGAGAGCCAGGGCGGCGCGAGGUGUUGCGUGCCGCCCGCAGUGCCCGUGGGAGUUUUCUAUAUCGAUGACCAAUUAGCGAUGAUCAUCGCCCUGAGCGUGACCACAGUAUGUGUCAUCAUCACCAUUAUCAUCAUCGUGUGCUGCUUCUGGUCGCGAUGUCCACUCUACACGGCUUGCCGGAUCCGGUACCAUCAGGAUGACAUCAUCGCCUACGCCUCGAAAGACGAAGAAACAGCGGGUUUAAAUGACAUGCCCCCUGAAGAAACAAAAGGUGUCACCAUCUAUUCACCAAAUGCUGUCAAAGUUACGAUGAAAGAUGAUGUUUAGUGAUAAUACCAGUAUGAUAAUUCUGAUACCUGAAUUGCUAAGUUUGCAUAAAAAAGUUCUGUCUUUUAAUCAACCUGGAACCAGUAAACAGAAUGAUGCAUGUUGUAUUCACAUCUGUUUUUGAGCCAAGCAUUAUGUUGCAUCAGAUAAGCCAAGAUUUAUGAGGUAUCUUCUGUUUUGUGACUAGAAAAGAAUUACAGUGUUUUGUGUUAUGUUUUGAAUCUGUAAUUGGAAGCUGGGUUUUGUGAUUUUUUUUAAAUACAUCAAAAUACAUUACAUAUGAAUGAUAGAUCAUUUUCUUAUUAGAAUGUCACAUGGAAUGUAGGAUAAAUCUUAUAACUUAAUAAUGCUUAAACCGGUAUUAUAUUUUGCUAAAUUAAGAUUUUUCUGUAUUUUCAUUUUUAAAAGAUGGACAUCAUCCAUUGGUCAUUUGUGUGUUUGUGUUUUAAGAAUGAUAUUUUGAUUUAGUUUAUAGCAGCCAAGUGUAUUGAGAACAUCUUCCUUGUAAGAUGGAACACAACUUUGUAUCAAUUUAUCUAUUCUAGAAAUUCACUUGGGUGCAUGUUGAUGUAUAAAGAUCAAACUUCUUAUCUAACAGCAAAAUUUUUGUUUAAAUAUGUGAAGGAAAAUAGUGUGUUGAUAUAUGAAUCCAGCAGUUUUACGUUUUUUUUUUUUUAAAGUCAAGAUAUAGCACAUGUACUAAUGUAUUGCUUGAGCAUUGCAGACUCAUGAUUGACAUAUUUAUAUUUUGGGAACCCAGUUGGUGGGGGAAGUAAUUACACUAUUAAUUAUAUAUCUUAAAAUAAUAUCUUGGUUUGUAUUUGAUAUAUGGGGGUCUAAUAUUGUAUGACUACACAUUGCCAUUUCUCAAAAUUGCUUUUUUUACUAUUGUCUCUCAUAUUCAAAGUCUGUUUUUUUAAUUUUAUAUUCCGUAGAUAUUCCAUGACGGAAAUCUAUUGAUGUGUACUUAUAGGCCUGUAACAUCAGUAAAAGAAUGUUAUUUAAAAAGGGUCACCAUAUAUGAGUCUAGGUCAGUCUUAAUUAAUUAACAUAAUAUUUAAAGGAAACCAAAGUACAUAAUCCUGCUCUUGAUAAGCUUUCCAUAACUCAUUCAUAUAUAUCUAAAUAUCUACAUAUAUAUGUA